GACUUCGUGCCCCUUUGAGCACACAAAAAAUGUCAAACCUCCCUCCAGACCGUCUCACAACAGAUCCCCCGUUCACAAAUGUGGGCUUAGAUGUGUUUGGUCCGUGGUUUGUGUCUUCACGACGUACAAGAGGAAGCGUCAAUCAGAAUAGAAGGUGGGCUGUCACAUUCACUUGUUUGAGUAUUAGAGCAGUUCACAUUGAAGUGGUAGAGUCACUUGAUACAUCUAGCUUCAUUAAUGCAUUCCGACGAUUUCUGGCCGUGAGGGGACCAGUGAAAACUGUUCGCUCUGAUCGAGGCACCAAUUUUGUAAGCGCAUGUAAAGAGCUGAAAAUCCCUUCAAACUUGGACAACACAGCUGUGCACACCUUCUUAAAAGAACAUGGAUGUAAAUGGACUUUUAACCCACCUCAUGCCUCCCAUUUCGGCGGAUCGUGGGAAAGAAUGAUAGGUUUAGCACGGAGAAUAUUGGACUCUAUGUUUUUUCAGCUUAAGACCACCAAACUCACUCAUGAGGUUCUCGUCACUUUCAUGGCAGAGGUGGCUGCUAUCAUAAACUCUAGACCCCUUGUCCCAGUUUCAUCAGACCCGAGUGUAACUAACAGUGAAGUAUUCCAAGGUUUUUCCUUGUGUUUAUAUUUGUAAGUUUCCUUUAAUUGUGGAACCUUGUAAUUGGCGGUAGCGGAAGUAACGUGCAGCACGGACUGAGUUUGUGGUGACACAAGAGCAGAGAAGCAUGGCGCUCUGUGAGUUCUGCUGCAUCGUCCUACUGCUUUAAACUGGACUAAGUUUUAAAGAACACAUAAGUUGAGUUAAAUUAAACCCAAUUGUGGACUUACUGUGGAGAGGAGUAGCGGCUCGCGCGAAGAACGGACUUUCUCCCGUUUGGCUACAGCAGGCAAUGAGUUCUCACGACGAUGAUGAUGAUGAUGAUGAUGAUGACGACGCUGAGUGAUCUUGUCGCCGAACAUUGAAUAAAUCAUCUGUAAACAAGAACUUGUCCGCGUGGUGGCUGACGGGAGCUACAGUGAGAACUCAUCUGCUCCUUGUGAGUGCAGAAGAGAACAUCAGUCAUCUCCAGCGUCUCUACAAGGGUCCCCAGGCCCCUGCCAAAAGCCAAGAACGGGUUUGCUCAUCCUAACAAUUCAAAGAAAGGACAUAUUGAUCUUCUCAAGUGUGCUGCAGAAAAUUAACCUGAAGACCAUUUGCAAGUUUGGAUGCUUUAAAGUGUUAAUAAGGGUGUCCUACAGUGGCUUCAUUGUAGCUGCAAGCAAGAAGGUUCAAGUUUACAAUUGAUCAAGAGUUUAAAAUAUUUGUGUCUUUAAGGGUUGUUAGUAAUUGCAGACAUGUGUUUAAGGGUUAUAAGAAUAAGCUACUAAAGCAGUCCUGGAUUUUACGCAAGGUUUUAUUUAAAAGAAGUAACCAAGUUUGUUACAAGCUAUAAGGCAGUGUUAUUUUAUGUUAUCAGAUACCUGUUGGCACUGUUCCUUUACUUAGCCUAACAUGUCAGUCACAAAUCUCUCUAAACUUAGUGACAAUCCUGAGGCAGAGACUGUCACCACGCCUCAGCAAAACCCUCCACUGUGCAGUUCUCCUCUGCAAAACACAGAUGGUCCACAAGAAGUUCAAGUAACAUCAGAUGUUCAUCCAUCAACAAGUAAGUGUCCCCAACAAAAAAUUCAAAACCCACCUCGUAAAAGCCAGAGGUCAAGAACCUUAACUGAAAAGGGAAGAGGAAUGUUAAACCAAAGGAUUAAGGAGUUGGAGCAAAGUUUUAAGAUCAAGUAUGAAAAGUGGAAGGUUCUAGCAAAGGAUGCUAACCAUUCAAUUUCUGACAAUUGUUCAGAUGAAGAGCUGCAAGCAAUAAUGAACAACAUUAACACUGCUUCCAGCGAACUAAACACAGCAUAUGAAAACUGGCGUCAGGUGAACAUUCCUGAUAACAAUGCACGCCGCAGAAUUGAUACUUGCGAGGAGGUAACAAGAACUGUUAUUAAGACUGCACAAAGACGUUUGAGAGGAAAGGCACCAGUCAAACCACAGUUUAAUGUAAAUGAAUCUGUUUUAAUGUCUGAGAAAUCAUAUGGCGUCAGUAAGUACUCACAGGUUUCCAGUCAAUACAAACAGUCACACACUGCAUCAAGAGUCGCUUCUAAGUCCUCCAGUGCGUCAUCCGUGAGCAGACAAGAAGCUGCUGCUAAAAUCGCUGCAGCCCAAGCAACAUUGGAAAUUCUACAUGAACAACAGUGUCAGCAAGCAGAGCUUCUGCAGCUGGAAGCAGAAGAUAAAAGACAGAUUCCAGAACAAACAGCUGAAGCCUGUAGACGACGUUUAAGAAUGGAGGAAGAAGAAGCACAGUUUCAAGCAAAACUUGAGAUUGAAAAUGCUGCCAGGCGAAAGGUUUUGGAAGACAAACGCAAGGAGCUGGAACGAUUGGAAGCACUCAAACAGUUAAGGGUGGCUAAGGCAACCAUGCAAGUGUAUGAGCAAGAGCAAGAUGAAGAUUCAGAAGAAGAAAUUAAGCAGUUACUGCAUGAAUGUAAAACUGAAAGCCAAAGGGAGGGGGACCGAUUUCAGCACACAAGUCACAUACGUAACUCACCAGAGUUACACUUACCACAACAAGCUGUUAUACAUCCACAGCAUGAUGGUGGCAUCGCAGCACUUGCCAUGGUAUUAGCAGAUUCUAUUAGUGCCAGUCGUCUUCCUAUGCCAGAGCUGACAACAUUUAGUGGUGACCCGCUAAAGUAUAAGAACUGGAAGGCUGCCUUUCAAACUUUAAUCGAAAGAAAAAACAUACCAGCCUCUGAGAAAAUCUACUAUCUACCAGCUAAGAAGGCUGUUGAAAACUAUUUCCUGUUAGGCACCGAGGCUGCUUAUAAGGCAGCAUGGGAAGUCUUAGACGAGAGAUUUGGAAACUCCUUUCUUAUUGCCAAAGCCUUCAGAGACAAACUCAGUGCAUGGCCCAGAAUUGGCUCCAAGGACAGUUUGGAACUUCAGGAAUUUGUGGACUUUCUACGGAGCUGUGAAGCUGCGGAAAGCCAGAUUAAAGGUCUAGAGGUUCUUAAUGAUUGCAAUGAGAAUCAAAAAAUCCUCUCCAAGCUCCCCGACUGGUUGACAUCAAGGUGGAAUAGGAAAGUCCUGACGAUAGAAGAGGAGACUGGCAGAUUUCCAAGCUUCAGCCAGUUUGUGCAGUUUCUCAUAAGGGAAGCCAGGAUCGCAUGCAAUCCUGUGACUUCACUCCAUGCCUUGAAACAGUGCGAUGGAGAAAGGGCCAAGCCACAACGAAACCAGACUCCUGCAGCUAAAGUUCUAACAACAAACACUGAUGAGAAGAUUGCUGCCAGCAGUUGUCUGUUUUGUGAAAGACCAGGCCACAGUCUGUACAAAUGUAGACAAUUUCUGGAACGACCAAUAUUGGAACGACACAGGUUUGUUCAAGAUAAUAAGCUAUGCUUUGGUUGCUUAAAGCCUGGACAUCACUCGAGAGACUGUAAGUACAGAAGCACUUGCAGUACAUGCCAGAAAAGGCAUCCAACUUGCUUACAUGAUGAUCGAAGAGAAGAACAGAAGACACGAAAGACUGAAGGAAUAAGGCAGGAAGCUAGACACAGAGAACGAAGCAAUGAACAUCUAGAAGAAAGGGAAGCUAAAGUAAUAAGUGAAGCAACAUCCAACAGAGUUCAGCAUGACAGCACCAACAUCCAGACAUCCACAAUCAUUCCUGUGUGGGUUUCAAUGAUGAAAGAGCCUGAUAGAGAAACACUUGUGUAUGCUCUCCUUGAUACGCAAAGUGACACAACCUUCAUUCUUGAGGAGGCAGCAGAUUCUCUAAAUGCAAAGGGGGAACAGGUCAAGCUAAAGUUAUCUACUAUGGCCUCUACAAACAAAGUUGUAGCUUGCCAAAGGAUCUCUGGGUUGCAAGUUAGAGGAUUCAGCUCAGAGAAGAAAAUAACUCUUCCUACAACCUACACAAGAAAGUUCAUUCCGGCGAACAGAGACCACAUACCCACACCAGAGACAGCAAUGGCAUGGCCCCAUCUUGAGCAGAUUACAGAUAAGAUUGCUCCUCGUCAAUGGUGUGAUGUUGGUCUACUAAUUGGCUACAACUGUUCUCAGGCACUCCUUCCUAGAGAAGUGGUGUGCGGUGAAGAAAAUCAACCAUUUGCACAGAGAACAGACUUGGGAUGGAGCAUUAUUGGACAUGGCAACCCAUACGUAGACUGUGGAGACGCUAUUGGAGUGAGUCAUCAAGUCAUCAUAAGGCAAGUGACACCGGAUCUUCAGCUUCCAUCGAGUCCCAAACAGGAAGUUCACUAUGUAUGCAGAACACAGAUCAAGGAAGUCAUCUCAUCUGACAUAAUUAAAGCGCUUGAAUGUGACUUUAAUGAGAAAGUUGCUGAGGACAAUCACUUCUCUCAAGAUGACCUCCAGUUUUUGUCGAAAUUGAAACAAGGAAUCAAACACAAGGAAGAUGGUCACAUUGAGAUGCCUCUUCCAUUUAAAAGAGAAAGGCCGAGCUUGCCAGACAAUAGGGUGUGUGCUAUCCAUCGCCUUAAGCACCUAGAAAGGAAAUUAAGGAGAAACAGCGGAUAUUACCAGGACUACAAAAACUUCAUGGAAGAGACCAUAGCACGUGGAGAUGCUGAGAAGAUCCCCAAAGCUGAUCUCCACAAUCACCCAGUGUGGUACAUUCCACACCAUGGUGUUUAUCACCCGCAAAAGCCUGGGAAAAUCCGCGUUGUUUUUGACUGUUCAGCCCGGUUUCAGGGGACAUCUUUAAAUGAUCAUCUGUUGACUGGUCCAGAGCUGACAAAUUCCCUUGUUGGUGUCUUGUGUCGGUUUCGCAAGGAAAAAAUUGCAAUCAUGUGCGACAUAGAACGUAUGUUCCACCAAUUUCACGUGAGGGCAGAAGACCAAGAUUACCUCCGCUUUCUCUGGUGGGAGAAUGGAGAUUUGGAAGCACAGCCAGCAGUCUAUCGCAUGAGAGUCCAUUUGUUUGGAGCUGCCUCAUCUCCAGGCUGUGCUAAUUAUGGUCUCAAACAUCUUGCUGCAACGGCAAGGGGGAAUUUCAGCGAAGCAUCCGUCCGCUUCAUAGAAAGAAACUUUUAUGUUGAUGACGGUUUGACUAGUGUAUCCACCGAAGCAAAGGGAAUCCAGCAAGUGAAUGAAGCAAGGGAGCUUGCAACACUGGCAACUUAAGGUUGCAUAAGUUCAUUUCCAACAGUA